ACGGUACACGGGCCAUGAAAAUAAUGCCACAAAGAAGUGCAGAGUAGAGUAGUUGACACUUGGACGGUUUCACGGUGAUCUCCAGUCUAAGAAGUAGCAGGCUAUACGCUUGAAGAAACCGGCUUUUUCUUUACACAUAAAUGUAUUAUUCGCGAUAGAUAUGACGGAAAUGUUUUCAACUCUGUUCGGGCAAAAUGAAGCUCCGGGACCGCCCGGCUCGUCGUCUCUGGGUUUCGGACCAGGGAAACCGCCGCCGCCUCUGACGCAGAAUCAAGUCUCCAUGGCGGGGCAGAUGCCACCGCAGCUCGGGGAUGAAGGGCCUGCUCUGCGCAAACCUGGAGCCAUGAAUGAACCUUUCUACUUACUGCGGGAGCUUCCUGUGGGAAACGAAUUAACAGGGAACACCAACCUCAUCACGCAUUACAACCUGGAACAUGCCUACAACAAAUUCUGCGGGAAGAAAGUGAAGGAGAAGCUCAGCAACUUCCUACCAGAGUUACCAGGUAUGAUCGACUGUCCGGGAACUCAGGACGGCAGCUCAUUGCGCUCUCUCAUCGAUAAACCUCCCGUGUGUGGGAACUCCUUCAGCCCCCUGACCGGCGCUCUUCUCACAGGCUUUAGACUACACACAGGACCGCUCCCAGAGCAGUACAGACUGAUGCAUAUACAGCCUCCAAAGAAGAAGAGCAAACACAAGCACAAACACCAUCGACCACAGGACCCAUUACCACAAGAAACUCCAUCAGACUCUGAUCCCAAGAAGAAAAAGAAAAAGAGAGAUGAUGAUCCUGACCGCAAGAAAAAGAAGAAAGACAAGAAAAAGAAAAAGAACCGCCACAGUCCCGACCACCCCGGCCUUGCUGGAUCACAACCCAACAGUAACAGCCUAAGAUAGACAGGAGCCCACUGUGUGCACGCUUGUGUUCGAAUGUGUAUGGGUGACUGGGAAUUUUGUAAGAGGAUGUGUGUGUUUUAAAGAGAAUUGUAUUAUUGAGAGUAUGUUUAAUAGGAAAAAUGAUGAAUCAAAUAAUGCAAAUUGUAUGGUGUGUGUGAGAGAGAGAUAUGAAUGGAGCAGAAGCACAGUGGAUGUGAAUGACGAUACAAAGAAAUGUUACAGAAACAGUAUAAAAGGCAGAAAGCCACUGAUGAGCUGUGUGCUAUGAAUGACUGAGCAGACACUGUGUGUAAGUCCCUCUUUGAUUUUUGUUGUGAUAUUUUUUGACCAUGAUGCCAAAAUAAAAUAAGUUUGGUUAUUA